AUGGCCGUUGCCGAGUUUCCCGCUCAGAGCGCAAUGUCUGAGGAUGAAGUUGAGGAAGAAAACAGGCCGCGAGGCAAUAAUCUGAAACUUUGGGGCAACCUUACGACGAUGAAUCUAAAUAAUAUGAUAUAUACGAACAUCCAGCAGUCACCAUACUUUAAGAGCAACCUAAUCGAACUGAAGACAUAUCACGAGGUUAUCGAUGAAAUUUACUACAAAGUAGGUUUAAACACCGUUGUACGAAAUGUUUGCUGCUGGUUGAGCAUUUAGAGCCCUGGGAGCGUGGAAGCCGCCGAAUCGGCUCCCAAACUGGCAUGUGUGGUGGCGUUCGGGGUGUUGGCACUGGAGGAAUAGUGUCGACCGCCUACUGUCUCCUUUAUAAGCUUUUUACUUUGAAACUUACGCGUAAACAGUUAAAAGGCCUUCUUGAGCAUCCAGACUCGCCCUAUAUCCGUGGACUGGGUUUCAUGUACAUAAGGUUGGUUUUCCAUACUUCCGCCUCAUCUCUCCCAGAUACUGUCUGCCUCCGGAGGAUCUGUGGAUCUGGUACGCACCAUACCUCGAUGACACUGAGGUGCGUAUUAUUUGCUAG